GCACGCACGUAUGCACGCACGCUACGUGAAGAAGUGACACACUCCUGCUGGUGAGUCAGCAGCGGAGAGUGGGCUGGAUUUACACACUCCAUGCCAGCAGACGACCAGUCUCCUCAGAAGACACCCCAGCUGUGCUGCGAGAGGCUUCUCUCACCUCUCAGCCUCACAAACGCAACAAUUAGCAGACAACAAUGGAAGAUUUUUACUAUGAAGACGAGGACGCCCACUUCAACGACAGCUACGAUUACAAUUAUGAACACAGCAUCUGUGACAAAGAGGCGGUGCGCUCGUUUGGCGGCGUCUUCCUCCCGAUCAUCUACGCCCUGGCGCUGGUGGUGGGCCUGGCGGGGAACGCCCUGGUGGUGGUGGUCUACACGUCGCGGCUGCGGCUGCGGACCCUGACCGACGUCUGCAUCCUCAACCUGGCCGUCUCCGACCUGCUGCUGCUCUUCACGCUGCCCUUCUGGGCGGCGGACGCCGUCCACGGGUGGCGGCUGGGCACGGGGAUGUGCAAGUUCACCUCCUUCCUCUACAGCGCCAACUUCAGCUGCGGCAUGCUGCUGCUGGCGUGCAUCAGCGUGGACCGCUACCGCGCCGUGGCCCACAACCCCUCGGGCAGGACCGGGGCGGGCGCCCGGGCCAGGAUACGCUGGCUCCUGGUGUGCCUCUCGCUGUGGGCUUUAGCGAUCAUUCUCGGCAUUCCGGAGCUGAUCUUUUCCACGGUGAAGACGACCCACCACCGGACCAGCUGCACGGCCAUCUACCCGCACAGCAUGGCGCUGCCGGCCAAGGCCUCGCUGGAGCUGCUGGAGAUCAUCCUCAGGUUCCUGCUGCCCUUCCUGGUCAUGGUGGUGUGCUACUGCCAGGUGGGGCGGGCGCUCAGCCGGGCCGCCGGCGUGCGGCGGGAGCGGAAGUGGCGCGCCCUCCGCGUCCUCCUGGCCGUGGUGGCCGUCUUCCUGCUCACCCAGCUGCCCUACAGCGUGGUCAAGCUGUGGCGCGCGCUGGACAUCAUCUACAUGCUGGUGACGGACUGCGAGGUCAGCAAGGGCCUGGACCGCGCCCUGCAGGUGACGGAGAGCCUGGCGCUCGCCCACGCCUGCAUCAACCCCCUGCUCUACGCCUUCAUCGGGUCGUCCUUCCGGGGCCACGUCCUGAAGGCCGCGAAGCGCCUCGGGCAGCGGCUCGGGAGACACCCGAGGCACGGCGGCGAGGAGCCGGCCGUGGAGAUCGCCCUUCGCGCUCGCGCUCAGACUCAGUCCCAGUCUGGUUCUGACGACCCAGACACCAGCACCUUCACUAUUUAAGACUCGGACACCUAUCCAUUUCCUUCUAAGCACCUACAGAGCAUCGUAUGUUGUAUCUACGUAUCCUAAACAUCAUGCAUGAUGACAGACAUCAGCGCCUGCUACACGGUAUAUGUGCAACGAGCUUAUAUGUACAAACGGAGCAAAUUAUUUUGUAUAAAUUAUGUAUUUUGUUUAAAUAAAAGCAAAGAGCUGUUUGGAAACGUGCGUCUGCUGCUGGUAUGCAGAGCUCUCCUCCGUGAGAUCAUCUGCGCCUCAUUGUUUUCCACCCCGUGGCGUCGCCUCGGGGUGAGGGGCGGCUUGACUGCACGGCGGGUGAACCAUUACGUGGAAAAAAAAAAAAAAAAAAAAAAAAACAUUUGGCAGACAAAGAAAUGACAUAGAGCAGUGGGAAACACCCUUCCGUGCUAUCAAUUUACUAAACAGCAAAGCUGCGUGAUGCAGAGAGAAACUCACAGCCCGAUUGUUGCUUUUAAUCAAUUCAUUAAAAAAAAAAAAAAAAAAAACAAA